UGCAAUUAUUUGCUAGUAUUAGUAAUUAAUGUGUAGUAUAGCUAAGUUCAAGUGCUAGGUUGCAUGUAUGUAUAAGCGAGUGGGUAAGAUUUGUUUUGCGAUUCCGGCAAUCGGCGCGGGAUCGCUGAAUUGACUGAGGGGAUUGAACCGCCGGAGCUCGGGGCCUGAGCUCGUGGUGUCGAAUUGCUCAUCAGAAGGCCGGCGGAGGCGGAAUUGAAGUGGAAAAGCGGCGCGGCGGAGCUAGGGUUCUGCAGUGUUUAGAUUCGAAUUCUGGUAUCAAAUCGACGCUGGAUCGAGAAAUUGAUUGAGGGGUUUUGUUGACGGAAGGGAGAGGGGUAUGGCCGUGGCUCCGAUUCGGACUACGAUAGCCGGAGUUGCAGGGUCGCCGGCGACGGUUUCCACAGAAAAACUCGUGAGCAUCGCAUCUCACAAUCGCCAUGGCUGUGAAGAUGUUGCUGCUGCAGAACCUCCCUGUUUUCAACAACCUGUCAGAAUCUCAACGAACCCAGUUCAACGUCAUCAACAAACCCAUUAAUCAGUCAAAAUUUUCUUUUGACAUAAGUAAUAGUGGCCGCCACCGCUGUCAACAGAUUCACAACAGCAGUAAGAGUGAUGAUUAUUCGUUUCAAGAAUUUAGGUGCGGAGAAGAAAUGGAUAAAAAUUCUAGCCGGAAAAUGGAAAGAUUGGUUGGAGGAUUCAACCCCAAAAUUCCUGUAGAAGAAGCAUUCACCCCACCAAGUAGCUGGUACACCGACCCUGAUUUCUAUGGUUUUGAGCUUAAUCGAGUCUUCUACACUGGAUGGCAAGCUGUUGGAUAUACUGAACAGAUCACAGAGCCUUGUGAUUAUUUUACUGGCAGAUUGGGGAAUGUCGAAUACAUUGUGUCUCGGGAUGAAAAGGGAAUGCUGCAUGCUUUCCACAAUGUGUGCCGCCAUCAUGCAUCUCUACUUGUUGCAGGAACAGGGAAAACGUCUUGUUUUGCUUGUCCAUAUCAUGGCUGGACCUACGGGUUGGAUGGAGCACUUCUAAAGGCAACAAAAAUAACUGGAAUCAAGAACUUCAAAGCUAAUGAAAUGGGACUUGUGCCACUUAGAGUUGCCAUUUGGGGGCCAUUUGUUUUAAUCAAUUUUGGAGCUGUGCCAAAUGAUAAUCCUGAUUCGGAGGGUGUAGGCAAUGAAUGGCUAGGUGAUGCAGCAGAGCAACUGAGUGCCAAUGGAGUUGAUACGUCAUUGAAAUAUGUUUGCCGACGUACAUACACGCUUGACUGCAAUUGGAAGGUUUUCUGCGACAACUAUUUAGAUGGUGGUUAUCACGUGCCGUAUGCACAUAAAGGUCUUGCAUCUGGUCUACAGCUUGACUCAUAUUCUACCAAAAUGUAUGAAAAAGUCAGCGUCCAAAGUUGUGCCGGCAUUACCAAGGACUCGCAAGAAGAAAAUGAAAGAUUGGGGGAAAAAGCUUUUUAUGCAUUUGUUUAUCCAAACUUCAUGAUUAAUAGGUACGGGCCUUGGAUGGACACUAAUCUCGUACUACCAAUGGGGCCCCAGAAAUGCCAAGUGAUUUUCGACUACUUCUUAGAUGCUUCUCUUGUGGGUGAUAGCGAUUUCAUCGAAGAGAGCCUACGAGACAGUGAAAGAGUGCAGGACGAAGACACAACACUAUGCAAUGGCGUCCAACAAGGGCUGGAGUCUCCGGCAUAUAACAUGGGGCGAUAUAGUCCAUCUAUUGAGAUGGCUAUGCACCACUUCCAUUGUCUACUGCAUCAGAAUCUCUCCACAUGAAACCUAAGAUGCACUUAAAAGAGAGGUUGAUUUCCUUAAAAAAGAGAGGUUUAUAUCACUAGACCAUUCUACUUUGAUGUACUAUGUGAAUUGUAACUAAAAAACAGUAUACAUUGUCUCAAUUGACGAAUCUAUGUUCUGUAAAAUAAUUCAGUUGCAAUAUUUUAUUUUGCUCAGUAUUUUGAUGACUUA